AUGUGGGAAUCGAAGCUGGAGCCCAGCGUCAUCAGCUACAAUGCUGGGAUCAGCGCGUGCGAGAAAAGCAAGCAGUGGCAGCGUGCACUGUCGCUGCUCGCCGAGAUGCGGAAGUCUAGGCUGGAGCCCAACGUCAUCAGCUACAACGCUGGAAUCUACGCGUGCGAAAGAUGUGGCCCGUGGUGGCAAGUAUUGUCGUUGCUCAGCGAAAUGCGGGAUAUCAUUUUAGAGCCCGACGAAGUCAAUUACAAUUUGGGCAUCACGGCGUACGAGAGGUCAACUGGUGAUUCGGCAGGAUUCCCAGGCUCUCCUCAGAUCGGUCUCUCGCGCUUUCGAUCAUCUCACGAUUCAUUGCGCGCGUGGGACCAUGCUGGGCAAUUAGCGUGA